AUGGCCAACUUCUAUGAAGUGCUGGGGGUGAAGUCCAGCGCCUCCCCAGAGGACAUCAAGAAGGCCUACCGUAAGUUGGCCCUGCGCUGGCACCCUGACAAGAACCCUGACAACAAAGAGGAGGCAGAGAAGAAGUUCAAGCAGGUGUCUGAGGCCUAUGAGGUCCUAUCUGACUCCAAGAAGCGCUCCCUGUAUGACCGUGCGGGCUGUGACAGCUGGCGGGCGGGUGGCGGGGCCAGCACCCCCUACAACAGCCCAUUUGACACUGGCUACACUUUCCGAAACCCUGAGGACAUCUUCCGGGAAUUUUUUGGUGGCCUAGACCCCUUCUCUUUUGACUUCUGGGACAACCCAUUCAACAGUGACCGUGAUAGCCGUGGCCGUGGCCUGCGUGGGGCCUUCUCAGCAGGCUUUGGUGAGUUCCCUGCCUUCAUGGAGGCCUUCUCAUCCUUCGAUAACACGCUGGGCCGUGGAGGGGGCGGCAGCCGCACCACCUUCUCAUCUACCUCCUUUGGGGGCUCCGGCUCAGGCAGUUCAGGGUUCAAGUCAGUGAUGUCAUCCACUGAGAUGAUCAACGGGAGAAAGAUCACCACCAAGCGCAUCGUGGAGAAUGGGCAGGAGCGCGUGGAAGUUGAGGAGGAUGGGCAGCUCAAGUCAGUGACCAUUAAUGGCAAGGAGCAGCUCAAACGGGUGGACAACAAGUGAGCGCAGGCCGCCCACCACCUGCCACCCAUCACCGCCACCACAGGGCCAUGAGUACAGGCUGAUGGUUAAUAAAUGUGCCUAGUGAGUUCAUGGAAACACCCACCCAUUUUGUGGGAUGUGAGGGUGGUGGGCAAUGGCAGACCUGCUUGGUGCUGGCUGGGACCAUGAGUGGACACUCAAAGGCAUGUUGUUGGUGGUGGACCAGUGGGUACUGCACCCUAGAUCCCGGGGAGGGUCUGCAGGUGGUUGCUGAUCUCUAUCGUUCCAUACUGUGUGGAUUGACAAAUACUAGGACCUCACCCUGUCUCAGUUCAUCUUAGAUUCAACCAAGUGCCUCCAGGUCACUGUCCUCUUCCGGUGGAUCUUCACAGGCCUCCUUGCUUCAACUCUCACUCC